AUGUUUCGAAAAAUACAUCAGCGUUCUACUUUUUUACGUCACCAUACAAGGAAAAUAUGUAAAGGACCAGAAAAUGUUAAGACUUUAGAACUGACCAAUGGACUACGAGUAGUCACUGAGAGAAUUGAAAGCCCUUUGGCUUGCGUCAAUCUUUUUGCCAAAGUCGGAUCCAGGUUCGAAAAUUAUGAUACAAAUGGUAUUUCUCAUUUUAUUGAACACAUGGCAUUCAAGGGAUUCACUUCCAUGAAUAGCCAAGCAGUAGCGUGUCAGUUAAAUGAUUUAGAGGCCAAAAUAACAUCCAUGACAACGCGAGAAUUUCAAGUUUUCAGUGCAGUCUGCCCGAGCAAAUCCGCUGGUGAUAUCGUGAGUUUACUAACGAAAAUAGUUACCGAAUUAGAAUUAUCAGACCAAGAGAUGGAUUGUGAAAGGGAUGUUAUACAGCAUGAAAUGCAAAAUCUCGACAUGAAUCCUAGAGAAAUUAUGUUUGAUUAUUUACAUGAAACAGCUUUUCAGGGAACGCCCUUAGCGAAUCGAGUCGUCGGACCCUCAAGAAACGUGAAUAAAUUUAAUCGGGAUUGCGCCUUAUACUUCAUGAAAAAUCACUAUAAACCAACUCGGUUGCUUUUCACAGCAGCCGGUGAUGUCUCUUCAGAUACAAUAGUAGAUGCUGCAAGUCGACACAUUGGUAGUACCGAAUAUGAGGGAAAGGCGGAGUUCAGCCCUUGCCGUUUCACGAGCUCUCAAGUGCGUUUCCGCGACGAUUCAAUGCCAUUUGCACAUAUUUCUCUCGCUUUUGAAGCACCAGGCUAUAAAAGUUUGGACUAUUUACCGCUUUUAGUUGCGAAAAACUACAUCGGGUCUUGGCACAAAAGUCAAGGAGGAAGUCACAGGCACGCCUCCGAUGCAGUCCGAGCAGUUGCAACAUGUAAUUUAUGUGAACUUCUAGAAUCAUUUUAUAUAGCUCAUAGUGAUGUUGGUCUCUGGGGUGUAUACUUUGUCGUGCCCAACAUGAAUAUUGAGAAUGUCAUUUACAUUAUCCAGAAUAUGUGGAUGCAUUUGUGUUUUACGAUUACUAAAAAUGACGUAGAGCGAGCCGUCAAUAUAACUAAGUUGGAAUUAGCGCGACGUAUAGAAGGUGUUGUAAACUCCGCUUUUGAUAUAGGCAUACAGAUUAUGUUGAAGAACGAAAGAACUCCAUUGACGAAUAUGUAUCAAGAUCUUUCGCGCAUAGACCCAAAAACAAUCAAGGCGGUUGCUGAAGCAAGCAUUUAUGAUAAACCACUCGUCACUGCUGCAGUCGGACCUACUGAAGAACUUCCCGACUAUAACAGAUUGCAGGCUGGACAGUAUUGGUUGCGUCUUUAA